GAUAUAUGUGUAGGGCUGGAGAAAACCUUGCUGGGUCUUACGAGUCCACCGCAGUUUCAAAUAUUGACACGACCUGGGAUGAACCUGGACAUCGUCUCCCGACAUUCGAGACUGUUAAAUAUAACCUAACACUAGUGUUGGAAGUUGUGAAAACAUUUGGGACACUUUGGAACAUCACCGCUAAAACAGAAUGUUUUUCUUCUUUUUUGCGUGUUUUUAAUUGUGUCUUUCAACUGCUGCCAACUGCGCGUUUCGCGCCAAAAAUGAUUGGAAGAACAUCACUGGUGGAACAAAAAAGGAUACAAUGGGCGCGGGAGAGAGAAGAAAUGGCGCGUUUCGGUGGCAAUUGGGGACUCUUGAAGAAUAACGCCAAUAUCCGCACCAGUAUUCGCAGCUAUCCCAGCGACGCAAGAAUGUCCUUGGCGGAAACGAAGGACAAGCACACGCCCUCGAAACCGUUCCGUGCCGCUGGCCAUUACGGAAGCACCGUCAGCUUGAAAAGUCUAGCGUCUGAGACUUCCGCAAACGGUACCACAAGCCUAAAGUGUCUCGACUACAAUGGUGGUAGCUUGAUAAAUCUCCACGAGCAACCGGAAGUGGCGCAAAUCAGGCACAGGAGCCCGAGUCUGCCUCCAAUUUACUGCAAGGAGCAACAGUAUCAAUCUCAGGGCCAGCAGCGAGACUUUGUAGUUGCGGGACUUCGUCACCAGCCGGAGAAACCUCAAAGACAUGAUCGUAGGUCCUCUGAUCACUAUGCAAACUUGGAGAACAAUAACUACGGGUCCCAGGGUGAAGAACGAGAGGGAGAGACUUCUGGUUACGCCAGUGACUCCGUGGACGCGCCAGUAACGGCUUCUGGAACGUUUCUACCUGGUUGUAAGCCACCAGCAGGGUAUAUGAUGGAUAAAACGUGGCAAAAUCCUUACUAUAACACACCUGAGAGUUCGUUGCCAUCCUCGAGGCGAUUAUCUGAUAGCAGAAUGGGCGAGCUCAACAGGCCAAGGUGGGGGAGCGUCUGGGGUCAGGAGACAGCACGCGGGGAUCCACCAGCACCUUCCUGGCUGGCGAGAUUGGGACACUCGAGUCAAGUACUCGUUAUUAAUCACGAAAGUGCGAGCAGUUCGGACAGUUCCACUAUAGGAUCAACUGGUUCAGACAACAAGACGUACCUUCGAGGUCAAAACAUUCCUGUGGAUGCAAACGUUCUUCAAGAAAGAGAAGCGAGGAGACAGAAAGCCCUGGAGCUUCAGAACGCGAUUAAGAAGCAGCUUGAAGAGAAAGAUCGACGAAGGAAAGAGGAAAAGGAGAGGAGAUUGAGGGAAGAACGGUUGGAAGAGGAACGAAUCAAACGCGAGAGAGAAAAAGAAAAAGAAAGGUUCGAAGAAGAACAGAAGAGAAUCAGAGAAAGGGAAGCAGCUAAAUUGAGACAAGCUGAAGCGAUGAGAGAGGUUCUAGAAGCAGCAGAACGUUUAGCAAAGGAGCAAAAAAAGACUAGACAUAAACGCGAAGAGAUUGACGAAGAAACUACUAGCACGUCUUCUAGAAACUGUGAAUCAAGUAGCAGCCAGUUUGACAAAAGUUAUCCAAGCGUCAGGGCCGACCAGAGUGCAAAUUUCAAUAACGAACUUGAUACUAACACCGAGAUAAAGGACCCAGUAAGUGAAAAAGAAGACAACCAGAAGGAAACAUACGUCCCAGAGAAACCAGAAGAUCCUAAUAAUGUAAAGCCAGUCCAAGUUCCUAUCAGUAAAGACGUUGCAAUAGUCUUGAGUGGGAGAUUGGAGGACUCAGAGUUGUUGAACAAAGCCAAUUUGCAGCUAGUGAAUCUAGUGCUGACCCCGAGCCCAACAAACUUUCAAAGUAACACGACUAACGUGUCUGUAGGAUUAAACAGCUUUGUGCACAAUCUGGGGAACCUGAAUUUCACUUCGAUUAACGAGAAAAGAUUGCUCACGCCUAGCAAGCACAGAACUAUGAAUGGUCGAGAUUUUGGUACUCAGACAGACAUAGAAAACGAUCUUGGAGAUUUCCAGGAGGAAAUGCAGAUCAAGGACGUUUCUAUAAAGGACCACAAGGACGCCACGAAUGCUAGUAAAAGGGACAUUGAAAAGUCUACCGGGGAAAUUAAUGUCAGAACUUUCCCUCGAUCCAAGUCUCAGCCUAGAACAAGUAUAGAAUCCAGACCACAGUGGAAUGCCAACAGACCAGGCACUAGGUAUCGUACACAAAGUGAGAAAGAUCCUCAUUACCAAAGGAGAAUGCGAAUGAGAAGACGCCAAGUUGAAUCCAGCGAUGAAAGAUCCAGAUCACCAUCUCCUGACAGAAGGAAGCUGGUGAACAUGAAAACAAAAAUUCGAACCAACAGACGAAAAGUAAAAGGCGACAGCUACGAUGCAGACCUUUCUAUGGACAGUUUAAACUCCAUCGUACCUCUGCGAACCGAUAAGAAUGGAAGAAUUCACGUUCAAGACAAUAAAUGCGAACGAAACGAUAAAGAGAACGAGAACUCGAAUGUCUGGUGCGGACAAGAGAUCCUAUCCAAGCUAUCCAGCUUGAAAAAUGGUCUCCUGAUGAAGCAAAUAGAGUGGGAUUCCGAGAGGUGCCUGGUCUCUCCAGCUGCGUCAGGGAUCUUUUAACCAGAAGACUAUAGAAUCGCGAUCUUGCGCACAUUUUUGUUUCUUUCGUUUAGAUUUUAGAGAUAG